AUGGCCCCUCCAAAGGUCUUCUCCCUCGAGGGCAAGGGUCUCAAGCUCGACACCGCGGAGGACAUUGAUGCUCACAUCAAGCCUCUUGUUGAGUCCACCGACUACACUGAGAUCCGUUUCGCCGGUAACACCCUGGGUGUUGGUGCAUCGGAGCGCCUCGCCGCCGUCCUCGCGACCCAAAAGAGCCUCGAGGUUGCCGAGCUCGCCGAUAUCUUCACCUCGCGCCUCUUGUCCGAGAUCCCUCCCGCUUUGAAGUCGCUCCUGGACGCCCUUCUCGAGAUCCCCUCCGUCCACACCGUCAAUUUGUCCGACAAUGCCUUCGGUCUCAACACUCAGGCGCCCCUGGUCGAUUUCCUCUCCCGUCACGUUCCCCUCCGCCACCUUAUCCUGAACAACAACGGCCUCGGCCCCGCCGCUGGUACCCUGAUCGCCGAUGCCCUGAGCAAGCUUGCCGAGCGCAAGGAGGAGGCUCGUAAGGAGGGCAAGGAGGUUGCUCAGUUGGAGAGCAUCGUCUGUGGACGUAACCGCCUGGAGAAUGGUAGUAUGGAGGCUUGGGCACGUGCCUACGAGAAGCACGCCGCUGGCAUGAAGUCCGUUAAGAUGACUCAAAACGGUAUUCGCCAGGAGGGUACCUCGCACCUGCUUAAGAAUGGUCUGCGUCACUGCAGCACCCUGGAGGUUUUGGAUCUGCAGGACAACACUUUCACCGUGAUGGGAGCUACUGCGCUGGCUAGUGUUUUGGAGGGCUGGCCCGCUCUGAUCGAGCUGGGUGUCGGUGACUGCCUGCUCUCUGCUCGUGGUGGUGUUAAGGUUGCCCAGGCUCUGGCCGCCAACAAGAACCCGAAGGUUCAGACUCUGCGCAUGCAGUUCAACGAGAUCAAGGCCGACGGUGUCAAGGCUCUCGCCCACGCCGCCAAGACCGCACUCCCCAACCUGCGCCGUGUGGAGCUAAACGGCAACAUCUUUUCGGAUGAGGAUACCAACAUUGCCGACCUGCGCGAGCUUUUGGAGGCCCGUCAGGAGGAGCACGGUACCGAUGAGGACCCCGAGGAUAGCUGGGGUGUGGAUGAGCUGGAUGAGCUCGAGGAGGAGGAAUCUGAAGAGGAAGAUGAGGGCGAGGAGGAGGAGGAGGAGGAAGAUGAGGAAUUCGAGGCCAAGGCUGAGAAGGAGCUCGAGGAUGUCGACCGUGCCGAGCAAGAGAAGGUGGCUCAGAAGGUUGACAAGGAUGUUGAUGAGCUGGCCGAAGCUCUGGGCAAGACCGGUCUGUAG